UCCGAUUUGCCGGUGGUCGUCGGGUUGAGCCCCGCCGGGAGGGUGUCACACCCUCCUCCCCAUCGCGCUUCUCUGCUUGUGGAUUGUUGCGCCGCUGCGCCACACCGCGGCCCACCGAGGAAACAGCGCGCUCUUUCGUCGACCGCCGAGGCGCCUGCUCGCCCGCUGCUGUCGCUGCUCGCCGCCAUUGCUCGCAGCGUCGCGGCCUUGUGUUGUGUUUUGGGAGACUCCACACCUGGGUCGCGUUGUGCGGUGCUCGCGAGAAAGCCGGAUACCUUGAAUCGUGCGGGAUUUUGACUCCAUGGCGGGCGCCUGAAGAGCCCGGUGCGUCUUCCGCGCCGGCGUGGACAGCAGCCAGCUGAAGGCGGCGCCCCCCGACGGCCGUCUCUGGCGGCUGCAUCGAUCCGCAAUGUUCCCCAAUAGGCAUCCGGGACCUCCGGCGCAGGCGGGCCAGCCAUUCAAGUUUACCGUAUCCGAGACGUGCGACCGCAUCAAGGAAGAGUUCAACUUUCUCCAGGCGCAGUACCACAGCCUCAAGCUCGAGUGCGAGAAGUUGGCCAGCGAGAAGACCGAGAUGCAGAGGCACUACGUCAUGUACUACGAGAUGUCGUAUGGUCUGAACGUCGAGAUGCACAAGCAGACGGAGGUGGCCAAGCGGUUGAACGCCAUCAUCGCCCAGAUCCUGCCAUUCCUUUCUCAAGAGCAUCAACAGCAAGUGGCGACCGCCGUGGAACGCGCCAAGCAGGUCACCAUGACUGAACUCAACGCCAUUAUCGGGCAGCAGCACACCGGCUUGGCGCACCUCAUGCAACAGAUGCAGGCUCAGCAGCUCGCACAUGGGGGCCCUGGUGCCAUGGGUCCACUGAUGCCACAUGCGUUGGCCCUGGGGCCCCCCAAUAGUGCGGCCAGCCUGCUCGCUCUCUCCUCGGGGCUGGCGCCCGUGGCCGCACUCAAGGAGCACGACAAGCGGGCUGCUGCAGCUGCUGCUGCUGCGCAAGCCGCAGCUGAUGAUAGGAGAAAUUCGCCUUCUCCACGUGAUGCAAAGUUGAGAACACGGACACCUGACACAGAAUCUGACAAGAAGCGACGGAAAGAAGACAAGCACGAUGUCAUUGUUCAUGACAACGAUGAUGAAAAUCAGGAAGUUGACGUCGCAAAUGAGGACCCUGUAUCUCCUGCUAACAAUGGAAGCUUGUCACCACGAGAGAAUGGCAGCGAGCGCCCCAUCAAGCGGGAGAGGCCACCUAGUCGCUCAGGCUCCUCAUCCAGUCGUAGUACCCCGGUCUCCUCAAAGUCCACAAAGGAUGGCUUGGGUGAUAAAUCUCCCACCCCGGUGUCAAAAUCAUUAACUCCCACAAGUUCAGGCUCUACGACUCCUGGCUCCAGUGGUGCAGCCAAGCCAUCCCUGCCCGGUUCCUCUUCCAAAUCAGCUGCCCUUGGUCCCUACCCAUACCCAUUGGCAGGUGCACCACAUGCAUUGGCUGCAGCUGACCUGGCAGCCGCCAACCCGGCAGCCUUUCCUCAGCUGCACAGCUCAGCGCUCAGUUCCUACUCGCGAUCUCUGUUGUCCUUAUCGCAGGUUGCAGGCUUUGAUGCGCACCCCUCCUUGCGGCCACCACCUCAUUUUGGCACCAUUCCUGGAGGAAAACCGGCCUAUUCAUUCCACGUGAGUGCAGAGGGCCAGAUGCAGCCAGUGCCGUUCCCACCAGACGCGCUUAUGGGUGCUGGCAUUCCACGGCAUGCACGACAGAUCAACACGCUGUCUCAUGGUGAAGUGGUAUGCGCAGUGACCAUCUCAAGCCCCACCAAGUAUGUCUACACGGGGGGCAAAGGAUGUGUCAAGGUCUGGGACAUCAGUCAACCAGGAUCCAAGAGCCCUGUUUCACAGCUUGACUGUCUGCAAAGGGACAAUUACAUCCGAUCCUGCAAGCUCCUUCCUGAUGGGAGAACGCUUAUCGUGGGCGGGGAAGCUAGUACCAUAUGCAUCUGGGAUCUGGGUGCGCCAACUCCGCGCAUCAAGGCCGAGCUGACUUCUAGUGCACCAGCUUGCUAUGCCCUGGCCAUCAGCCCUGACUCGAAGGUUUGCUUCAGCUGCUGCUCAGAUGGAAACAUUGCUGUCUGGGACCUGCACAAUCAGACACUUGUCAGGCAGUUCCAGGGGCAUACUGACGGCGCAAGUUGCAUCGACAUCUCGAGUGAUGGCACCAAGCUGUGGACUGGUGGUCUAGACAACACUGUGCGCUCUUGGGACCUUCGUGAGGGGCGGCAGCUGCAGCAGCAUGACUUUACGUCGCAGAUCUUCUCAUUGGGCUAUUGUCCCACAGGAGAGUGGCUGGCUGUUGGCAUGGAGAGCAGCAACGUGGAAGUUCUGCACUGCAGCAAGCCCGACAAAUACCAGCUGCACCUGCAUGAGAGCUGUGUCCUGUCGCUUAAGUUUGCAUCGUGUGGCAAGUGGUUUGUCUCCACGGGCAAGGAUAACCUGCUGAAUGCCUGGAGGACACCCUAUGGUGCAUCCAUCUUCCAGUCCAAGGAGUCCUCAUCAGUGCUGAGCUGUGACAUCUCUUCAGACGACAAGUACAUCGUCACUGGAUCAGGAGACAAGAAGGCCACCGUGUAUGAAGUGAUAUACUGAGCACCCACUAUGCCCCGUUGUUCCUAAUGUGUUGGCCAGCAGAGUGUUGAGGCUGCGCACACUGUACAAAGCAGAGAUUUCUCGUCUGCCCCUUUUCUUUGUUUCUGGCAGAGAACUGUUCGUGGUGUGGCUGCUAGUGCCACCAGCACUGAACCAAGAAGUCUAUCCUGAACCAUGGCUUUAAUGACAGCACAGUCAGCAUUCUUGGGACAAUGUGUAUGUGCUGCCAAUCCUGCAUGUUGCAGAUAUUGUGAUCAUGAAAAGUUGAUUGUUCCUAUUGCAUCAAUAAUGGCAUGGUGGUGUUGAGCACAUAAUACUAAAGUACAUUGUUGAUGACCAUGCGGAAGAACAAACUGUGAAGAAACGAAUUCUUGUAAUUGGACCUCUUGGCCUUCCGCUAUUAUGUAUCGAAGAUGCUGGGAUUUCUUUGUGGGAGAGAGAAUAUGCAGGGAUAGGUAGCAUUUGUUACUCACCUACCACGGUGUACUGUCCGUUGAGAGUGUCCGCAUAUGGCAACCAUGCUUAGGACUUUGGCAUAUGACAACUGCCUUUCCUGUCAUAUACUCCCAGCUUCAAUGCUGCUGCUGCUGCCAUAUUCUACACAUACCACUUGAUUUGAAUGUAACGAAAGCUUGGUUUAUGGGCAUUACUUUCUGUGUUUUUUUUUUUUAAAUUAAAACUUGCACAAGAUGACUGAUUUGCUCACUGACUGCAUUUCACUUGUGGUUAAACACUCCUUUCAAGCAGACAGUGCAAUUGCAGAUGGUCUUCUGCUUUCACAUGAAGAAACAUGUUGGUAUGCUGGCCUGGCACAAUCGGUAAGGAACUUUCCUUGCUGGAAAGAUAAUGAUGUGUAAAGAGAUAAGUUCUUAGGUGCAAUGCUGAUUAAAAUUGAUCACUUUUGGUACCUUGUCUACCUCCUUCAACUGGUUGCCAUAAAGAAUUGAAAAAGAAACUGUUUCCUCAUGACUAUGCCUCUGGCUGUCGCAUAUCACAGCUCGUCUGAAAAGCGCACACACAAAAAUAAGCUGUUUUGAACCCACGCACUAUGCCAAAAUCUUCCUUUGGUUCAUUACAUUGUUCCAGCUUGGCUUGUGUAAUAAUAAAUGAAAUCAUUAACACUUGUUCAAGAAAAGACUUCUUGCUACAUUUUUGUUUUGCUGUUCCAUCAACUCAUCAGACCAUUAGGUGUGUUUCUUUUAGUUUUAUGCUGUCAAUUUGUGACAUGGCACCGACUUGCACUAGCAGUGGUUGGGCUGUCUUGUGUGAAAUAGUGUUCUGCUUUCUUUUCUACUAUAAUACAUUUGGAGCUACACCAUCACUUCAUGAAUUGAAUGCACGUGUGUCCAUGUUGGUGUGAGUGUGUGUGUGUGAAUGCUCAUUCAAGGCAUAGGGUAUAUACAUUGUGCUCUUGGCCACCUUCUGCACUGUAAAUAAAGACGUUACAGCAUUUCAAGUCUGAACUUGGCACGCUGAUGGUGUUUUUGUUGAAACAAGUUUGGCAAAAGACUGAUGGCGUUCUGUAUUCUUGUUGGAGCUACUAGCAACAGGUUAUGGACGUGGUCUGUAUGUGAAUGCUUUGAUGGAAGCACACCUUUUUGAUGUCACCUUGGAUAAAAGGAAGCAUGAGUGCCGGUGUUUUGCCCUUGGGUGAUGUGCAACACUUCUGUCCUGUGUUGAACUAUGAGGGAUCCUUGUGGAUAGUGUCACCAGGGCACCAUCUGAACAACUUGCUGAUAUUUUAAGGACCCUAAACCAUGCUGCCUCAGUAUGGCGAGGUACAAUGGAACAAAAUUUACACUGUGAAUCUUGUGCUCAUUCAAUGGCUUUGUAAAGCUACAUUGAUCUUUUAAAAUUUCAUUUGUUUACGACGUAAACUGAUGACUACGUAGUCAUUGCAGAAUGUGUUGGAAUUCUUGAAACUGACAUUUGGUUUAGUGGCAGCGGUACACUCUCAGGCUUAUCUGGUACUUGGUAUCAAAAGACAUUACUUGUUGAAUGAGUUGUUCUGUACAGAUCGGAAAUACCUGAAUCUGUUGCUGACAGAAAUAAAGCAUUGAAUUCAAUGUUUGCAAUUAUAGCUAGCUACUCAUUUUCUUGAAACAAUGGUGCUCAUUAUUAUGCAUCUAGUCUGUUGAGUUUACGGCUGUGUGUGGCUUGCACAGUACAGUUAAAUUUGAGUGUAGCAACUAGCUUAAAAUUAAUGGGAAAUGUUUGAACAUCCACGCUAGCACAUGUUUCAUAAAUAUUGUUUUCUGCCUGCAUUUGAAGUCAACAGGAAGGAAGGAAAAAUUUGAUUUUUUUUUCUUUUCACAUAUGUUGCUUGUAAUCCAUUUGUGUUUGUUUCUGGUCAUUUGAUAUUUGAUGUCUCAUCUCUGUGAUCUCCAUCAUUUAUGUCUACGGUGGCUAAAAGCAUGCGCCAGCAGGGCCAAAGCUUAAUAAAUAAAUUUUUUUAU